UGUCGUUGUUCCAACCGCGCAGUGGAUCGAAUGUGCGACCCGAAUACCGGGAAAUGCAAUUGUGGUCAGAAUGUGAUCGGAGACAGUUGUGAUCAGUGCCGAAGUGGACAUUAUUGGAAUGUGACCGGACCAAACUGUUUGCCAUGCGACUGUGGAAUCGGGACCGAGCUGUCCGAGACUGUCGGUCGGGCCAGUUCGUGUAACAUGGAAACCGGUCAAUGUGAAUGUGCACCGCAUGUGACCGGUCGUCAAUGCACUGAAUGUGAGCCCGGCUACUUCGGUGUCUCUCCAGCCGGAUGUCAGCCAUGCCCAAUGUGUCCAAACGGGCAAGUAUGCGAUCAAAUCACUGGCAAGUGCAUCUGUCCACCAUACACUCAGGGGGAUCGUUGUGAAGAGUGUGCCCCUGGUUCCUAUGAUUACAAUCCGAUCACCGGAUGCAAGAUCAUAUCCAGCGAUCGGGAGAGUGUUCCCGGUGGUUCGCUGAUUCAACUUUCGGUUGGAUUGGGUGCGGAAGCCUCCACAGACUUAUCAAUCGGUGUCAACCAGUUCGAUUGGCGUUUCUCCACACAUCGGCCCACAUUUAUGGAGAUUCCUGAACUGAAGGGGUCAUUGGUAAGAUACAGAACAAUGCGAAACUACGGCAGUGUGGUGAUUGCCAUCUCUACCGAAUGCUUACGUACCGGGGAUUGCCGACUGAACGCCCCAGAUUCUCGAUACCCGAUGGAAUUGAUGACCACGGGACCGGCAGUGAAUCGUGAUGAAGCCGGUGGUUUCAUUGUACGCAUGCCCUAUCGGAUCGAUGCGAAAAUGACUGCGUUGAAUGGAACGCUACAACUGGAAUAUCAACCAGCGGUAAGUAGAUAUUCAUUCACUGAAUGUUCAUUCUCCACAAGCGUUAUUCAGGAGGCGUGGAAGGACGAUACGCAGACUACAAUGGUUGACGGUUUUCGACACAUUUGGUUACGCGAGUCCGACUGGGUACUCACAAAGGUUGUUGGUCACGACACACGUGUGCGCCCUAGUCGUAAUGAACUCAUGCUGGCUCUGUUGAACGUGACUUCAUUCAGUGUGCGUUUGUUUAUGCCCGAGGCUAAUCCGAAAAUGGUCAGUGUACGGUAUCGUAUCUACGAGGCUUUAACCGAGACAACCACAGUGUCUGGCACUCCAAUUCGUUCGAUUGAGAAAUGUGACUGUACAAACACGGCUUCCGGUGAUCACUGUGAGAUCGCCUCACCCGGUUUCUAUUUUCCUCAACUGAUUCCCAAACCGGGACCGAGUAUUGUGCCCCCGGCCCCCGGGGCUGAGCCGCCCAAAUGGCCGGAGAAUAUUAUUUGGACCGGUGGUGUGGAGAAAUGUCGUUGCAACGGGAUGUCAUCUCAUUGUGAUCCGGUCACCGGAGUGUGUGAGUCGUGCACGGGAAACACAAUGGGUCCAGAUUGUGGUCAAUGUGCUACCGGUUAUAUGGGUGAUCCGAAACAGGGCUUGCCUUGUGUGAAAUGUCACUGCCCGACGGAACAGACUGAUUAUGCAAUCACAUGUAUCCCCGCACCGGAUCGUCCGUACGUGUCACAUCAGUGUAUCUGUAAACCGGGAUACAGUGGUGCAAGAUGCGAAGUUUGCGCUCCCGGCUACUACGGGGAUCCGACCAGUUUGAUUGCUUGUCAACCAUGUGACUGUGAUAUGGCCGGCUCGUUGAGUCCCAAUUGUGCGCAAGAUACCGGACAGUGCCGUUGCGCUCCCGGAGUGCACGGACGUCGAUGUGAUCAAUGCGAACCGGAUCACGUGGUAGAUGCCGGGCGAUGUAUUGAUUGUCGGGGACCAUGUACCGGCGAACUCUUCACCAAAGCAGACGAGGUGAUGAUGCAAAUAGAUAAUCUGAAUGUGACCAGUCUGGCCUAUCGUGGUCUGGCCCGACUGGGGCAACAAGUUGAAACCGUGCGAAAAAGAUUUAGCCCGGCACGGGAACAGGCCGAACGGGAGCUGAUCGCCCGGACACAACAAGUGGCCAAACAGACAGUUCAGCUAAGGGAACAGGUUGAUCGAGCCCAGGUCACGGCAGACGCUAUCCAGACCACCCGAUGUGUCACAUUGGGUAAUGGAACCGAGCUGCGUGAAGAUGUCGCCUCAUUCCGACGUCGUGUAUCUGACUGGAUUCAAGAAGUGCGCGAAGCUCCCACCGGGCGUCCAGAUCAGGCCACACUACAACGUUGGCGUGAAGAAGCACGGCGUGUUCUCACCGAGUUAGGAACGAUCAAUUUGAAUAGCACUGAAGAAUGGGUUAAUCAACUAUUGUCUAGCGCCGAACGAGCCAUGGAAGCGGCGAACGCCCUACUGAAAUCGGUCAAACCGGGUAAAUCUGCGGUGGAUUUGGAACGCCUGGUUACCUAUCAAGAAGAACAGGCUCGACUGCUCGAUUUUCAACAGUCGCAAAUCUAUCGAAUCGGGAACGCGACUCAGAGUACCAUACGUGAAUUGAAUGCAGCCAAAGCGAAAUCGGACAAAUUGGAGAAAGCCGCCCAGGAAGCAAUCGAUCCGGCAGUGAUGCGUGCAUUUGAAAAUUCGAUCAAAAAUGUGAACGAUCAGCUGGGUGAAUGGGAUCAGUCGGAGGUGACGAAAGUGGAACAGAAAUUGGCCGAGUCCAAAUCCGCGUUGAAACAACUGAACGGGGUGGUGUUGAUCGAGUUGAAAGAUGUCGAGAUUCCGACCACUUUGCGAAUGAAAGUGGUGGAACCAAUGGAGCGUGAAGUAGACUCGAUUGUACGCACAUUGCGACCUAACAGCCGCCUGAACCGGACCAUGGAAGCGUUGGAGGCUUAUCAAACCAUUGUGGACAACAUGCAGGCAGCGGAAAAUGCGACAGAAGAGGCCGAGGAAGCAUUGAAAAAAUCGACUGCAGGACAAGAUCAGACGUGGCAAUCCAUGAUGAAUGAGGUGGCAGCCAAAGGUACAAAAAUUGAAACCGUAUUGGAUCAAGAAGAGGAGCGGUUAGCUCAACGAAACGAGACUCUGAAUGAGGCGUUACGAAAGUUGGACAAAGUCUCCAUCGAUCUCACAAUGAUUGGUAAAACUGCCGAAGAAAGUUUAACCUAUUCAAAGGAAACCAUUGAUAAAGUAAAAAAAGUCACCCAGGUGUUGGAAGUCACGGAACCAUUGGCACAAAAUGCAUCAGAUCGAAGUGAGACCCAGCGUGUCAAAUUGGAUGAUCUGGCCGAUCGAUUGCAACAAAUGGAGAAUCGUUAUGCUCAACUGCAGGGAACUGCUCAAUCCAUGGUUGACCAAGCCAAUUCAACUCAGCUAAAUCUGGUGAAACUGAUUGGUGAUGCAGAGAAUUCCAUAAAACAAUUGGAUUCCAAAUUGCUAAACCUUCGACGUUUGGCUGACGAGGCCCGUUCAAUGCUGGAUGUGACGUAUGGUGCUUUGGCCCAGGAUCCGGUACCCAUUGAAUUGGGUCGUUCUUGUGUGUACUCUCUUGUCCCCUAUGCUUUGACCAAAUCGCGUGUGUUUGACAUUGAAUUCUGGUUCAAGGUGCACGAUCUCCAAACUGCCAUGAACAGUGUGAUCAUGGUCGGUCGUCGAGCGUUUGCCGGACGAACACAGAUGUUCGCGUUCACGCUGGAAGCACCUGCACCCACCCUCCGAUUCUCGUGGAAUGUGAUGGGUGGCAAGGUGGAAAUUGGACCCAUUCGCGAGGCCAUUUGGUACCAGGUACGGGUCACCUCGGUCCUCGGCGAGACUCGAAUGAUGCUGACCGCACGACCGGAAGAUGAUGAAGUCCCGAUCGAACCACGAACUCGAGAAGCGACCACAUUGGCUGGUGCUGAUCAUCCGGAAUCUGCGUUGAUGCUGGAUAGACAAAUGGAACUACGUGUAGGUGGGGUUAUCCAGGCCGGAACGCGUCUAGUCAGUCCGGAAUCGUGGGGUGAUAAUGCGGCCGAGGCAUUCUGGUCCCGUCUCCUAUCGAUGGGUUCACCGGAAGUGUGUAUGCUAAAUUUACGUUUGGGCGGAAUGCGAAUGAGUAUGGUGGAUUUGGCCACGGCCACACCGAGUUGCCUCCGACCAAAGCGUUUACGUUGUCAGAUGGCNGGCAAACUGAAUCAAGUGACGACCAGAAUGAGACCAGCACAAAGUACUCAGCCACAGUAUGUGUUGCAAUUGUUGUUCUACUACGAUUUUGCCGGAACUGGUGGUUACGCUCGACUGGGCUCAUCUACCGAUCUGCAAUUCUGUAAAGAUUUUCUCCAAUUCCAACUGACUCCGUUGGACGAAGCGCGGAAGGAACGGAUGAUGGGAUUCACUUUCUUUGAUUAUCGAAAGGACUUUGGUGUGACAAUCGAAUGGGUAGACGGUCGACCGAGAGCGACUCGUUGGGCUGGAGAUGAGCUUUAUCGAUCGAUACAUUCAUCCGAUCUGUUGGAAGCCGGUGAGACAAUGCGACGUCGCGUAUUGCGAGCCACAGUAGCCUCGCCCAACAACUACGGUCACUCGCGUUGGAGACGUAACGCGUUCAUGGAAAGUGGCAAGGACAAAGUGGUCGAAUCGAUCAGUUUGAAUUAUCCGCAACAGAAAGUGUGGCGAUUGGACAAACUAUUAACUCCCGAGUGCCACGAGGACACCAUUCUCUUUAUUGGUAGUAUUCCACCCGGGCACUAUUCUCUGAGGCGACGUGUGGCUGAAGGUCGUAUUGGUCUGGGCAAGGAUAAAACCGGAGGAGAUGGAGAUCUCUAUUUGGAUGACUACGUGAUGACACCGGUCAAUCAGUUUGGAGAUUCCUAUUUUACAGAUUUGCGUCAGCGUGGAGAAAGUUUUGUUGUGGAAAAUACAAAACCGGAUUCACAGUACUGUUUGCGAUUGACCCCGCACGAUGCUUACACACAACUGGAGCUGGAUCAUGCCAAAAUGGGUUCACCGUUCAAUCCCGGGGUCAGUAUGACCAUUCGAUUCAAUCCGUUGAGAACAAUCACGGAGGAUGUGGAUCUGUUACGCGUACAGUUGAGUUCUGCUGAGUGGUUCCGUGUCUAUUUAACCAAUGAUCAUCGUCUGGGCAUUCUCAUCCCCGGAGGACGUAAAGAGCUAAUCACACGUGAGCCACUAAGCUAUCGACCGCUGGAAGAUCCAUCUUUCGCACUGCGUGAUUUGGAGUUAGCCGAAGCGCGAAUGAUCAAUGCGUCCACAAGGGCCUGGAAAGAGCAGGAUCGUACGAGUGAGGAAGAAUCAAAGUUGCCAACAGAGUCGUUGAGAACGGAUGCUUGGUCCUCGUCUGGAGAGAUUGAAGUCGCAGUCACACUGCAUUUCGGUGGCUCGGAUUCCCGACAAUUGUAUGUUCUCUACGAUCAGCGUGUAGUGCAAAGUUGGACUAUCCCGCGUCAGAUGAGCGAUGCCCAAGUUCAACAAAUUUUGGUUGGUCCACACACAAAAAUCAGUCAACCAAUCACAAUCAACUAUUUGGUGAUUGGUCGAAAGCUUGUCGAUUUCUCGACCGAGUUGACAGGGACGGAUGACCUAAACGGUAGCCAUGUGGGAUUCUGUGGUGGACAACUGCAUCCUCGCUUCUUCGAACGUCAAGGUCUGGUCGGCCCCGUUUGGAUUGAACAAGGUUUGGAUUUGGCUCCACCACCGGGUGGACGUCGUUUACGAUUUGUGGAACCCGGCUCACCGGAGGCCAACGUGACUCUACCCGGUGUAAGUCCACCUACCCCAGUGAAACCGACCGGUCGUCUGCGUAGAGAAGAGCGCACUACUGUCCUAUUAUCCCCCAGUUUCCUGUCUAUCCACACACCCUUUUUGUUCAGUGAUGGGCCGUUUGUUUUCAAAAUCGGUUUCCGUGCCCAGUUGAGCCGUGGCACCAGCGGAACUGCGAACAGUGGCUCCCCGUUACCAACAUUCCGAUACAGUCUACUGGCCGCGUUCAAUUUCGGCCCGAAUGUGGAAAAUCUCUAUCUGAUUGUAUCGGAAAGUCAAAUAUUCCUCACAAACAGUCAAAACGUACUCUGGUCCAGUCCACAUCUGACAAUCGCCGAUACCAAUUGGCAUCAGUUGAUUCUGACCAGUCCGGCCGAAACCAAUGGGAACGGGGCUCCGGCUGGUGCAGCAACAGCGAACGAAUUGAAUGGGCCGGCUGUUGAGUCAGGCAUACAUAUGUUAUUCGACGGUCGAGAUUUGUGGCUUCCUCCUUUACAAUCCGACUUAAAACCAAUACUGGCAUUUAUUGGCGGCUUACCUUCCGGACAAAAGCUGAAUUUGGAUCCAGACACAAAUAUUGCACCGAUUACCGGACUGUUUGGUUGUGUGGACGAAUUGGAAAUUAACGGGGUCCAGAUCGAUCCGAAACAGAGUGGUCGUCCAGCUUGUUACGAUUGUUUCAGUCUGGACCCGAACAUUGUUCACAUACCACAAUCGAUCGAACAAUAUUUGGACAAUAAUCUGAUUCCACUGGAAAUACCGAAAGCGUUCCUGGAACCAGACACCCCACAGAUCACAUUUGACUUCAGCAUUUUCUACGAUCGUGAAAUACUUCCCGCUGCCAGUCUAUUCGUGUUGUCCUUCGAGGGUGAACAAAACGGUGAUCCAGUCACACACCGGAUUUGGAUACAUUUGGCUGAUGCAGAGGUGAAAAUGAGCCCUGCCCCUUACGAUGAGCCACUGACUGAUUUGGGUCACACCGCGCCACUACUGACGCUACCACGGUAUGCGAACACUUGGCAAUUUAUCAAACUGCAAAUGUUUUUCGACUACGGGAAUGUGGUGCUCCAGUUACAAUCGCAAGUCGUAAUUACUCCAGAGGAACAGAAGACCAUAGUUUUGGGCUCCACGUCUCACACAUUCACCGGUUGUAUUCGUGAUAUGCGUCUGACGAGCAGCACGGGUGUGGAAACCAUAUGGAUUCGACCAGUUCCUGACCAUGUCGAUUGGUGUCAUACCAACGGCACACAAACCAAGGAAUCAACUGUAGAGGAAUCCAACCUCGUGGAUGGUCACGGGACAGCGAAGGAAUUCACCAAACCUGUGGAUCCACAGUCGCGUCAGCUGAUGGUCCCGGGGAUAGCGGUCCUCGUGUCACUGAGGCGUAACAUUGAAAGGCCCGUCAAGCUUCCUGGAUAG